GAAACACCAUUUAAAUGAAAAGUGGGAGUGUGCAGUCACUCUGGAUUUUACACAGCGGAGGCAGAAGCAUCACUGAAACCGGGAAACUUCGAGUCAUUUUCUCAUAGGACAGUAUCCAGAAGCAAGGAGAACGAUUGAACCAUGUGUGGGAUCUUUGCCUACCUAAAUUACCGCGUGCCUCGCACCAGAAAGGAGAUAUUUGAGACGCUGGUGAAGGGACUACAGAGACUGGAGUACAGAGGGUACGAUUCAGCAGGUAUUGCAGUUGAUGGCCCCAGAAAGACAGCCACUGACACCAGUGCAAACAGCAUCUGCUUAAUAAAGAAGAAGGGGAAGGUGAAGGCUUUGGAUGAGGAGCUGUACAAGAAAGACUCACUGAACCUGGAAGAGGAGCUGGAGACACACUUUGGCCUCGCUCACACUCGCUGGGCCACACACGGAGAGCCGAGUGCAGUUAACAGUCAUCCUCAUCGAUCGGACAAGGACAAUGACUUUGUCGUCAUCCACAACGGCAUCAUCACCAACUACAAAGAGCUGAAGGAGUACCUCAUCAUCAAAGGAUAUGAGUUUGAGUCGGAAACAGACACAGAAGUGAUCCCUAAACUGAUCAAAUAUGUUUACGACAACCGAGAGAGUGACAACGUUGCCUUCCCCAAGCUGGUGGAGAGAGUAAUUGAGCAGCUGGAGGGGGCCUUCGCUCUGGUGUUUAAAAGCCGUCAUUUCCCUGGAGAGGCUGUGGCCACCAGGAGAGGAAGUCCGCUGCUCAUUGGUGUGCGAAGCGAGCAUGAGCUGCUGACCGAAAACAUCCCUGUCCAGUACAACAGUGUCCACGAGAAGAACACCCAUAAUCGCUCUGACUGCUCCAACUCCAUCAACUCUGUGGGAGAUGGCAGCCCUGUGGAGUAUUACUUUGCCUCUGACGCCAGUGCCAUCAUUGAACACACCAAAAAGGUGCUCUACAUGGAGGAUGAUGACGUUGCCGUGGUGACUAGCGGGAAACUGUCCAUCCACAGGUUAAACAGACAGGCUGGUGAGGAUCCAGUGAGGGCGAUCCAGACGCUAAAGAUGGAGCUGCAGCAGAUCAUGAAAGGCAAUUUUGAUGCCUUCAUGCAAGAGAUCUUCGAGCAGCCAGAGUCAGUAGUCAACACUAUGAGAGGCCGGAUUUGCUUUGACUCCAACACAGUGAUUCUCGGUGGGCUGAAGGACCACCUGAAAGAAAUCAAGCGUUGCAGACGUCUCAUUAUGAUUGGCUGUGGCACAAGUUUCCACGCUGCAGUGGCUACCAGACAGAUCCUGGAGGAGCUGACUGAGGUGCCUGUCAUGGUGGAGCUGGCGAGUGACUUCCUUGACCGUAACACUCCCGUUUUCAGAGAUGGUUGCUUCUUCAUCAGCCAGUCAGGAGAGACAGCAGACACCUUGAUGGCAUUACGCUACUGUAAGAAACACGGUGCUCUGACAGUCGGGAUAACAAACACGGUGGGCAGCUCCAUUUGUAGAGAAACAGACUGUGGAGUCCACAUCAAUGCUGGGCCUGAGAUAGGAGUUGCUAGUACCAAGGCCUACACCAGUCAGUUUGUGGCCCUCAUCAUGUUUGCUCUGAUGAUGAGUGAGGACAGACUCUCCCUGCAGCCAAGACGACUGGAGAUCAUCAGCCUCAGGAUGCUACCAGAGCUGAUAAAGAAGGUGUUGGAGCUGAAUGACAAGAUCAAGGCCAUUGCCAAUGAGUUGUAUCAGCAAAGGUCUCUCUUGGUAAUGGGCCGAGGUUUCAACUAUGCCACCUGCCUGGAGGGGGCGCUGAAAAUUAAGGAGAUCACUUACAUGCACUCUGAAGGCAUCUUGGCUGGGGAGCUGAAACAUGGUCCCCUGGCACUUGUUGACAAAGACAUGCCAGUAAUCAUGGUCAUCAUGAAAGAUGCCUGCUACACAAAAUGCCAGAAUGCUUUGCAGCAAAUCACUGCAAGAUCGGGUCGGCCAAUCAUCCUCUGUUGCGAGGAUGAUCUUGAUAUUACUAAGAACGCCUACCAGACCAUCGAGCUGCCGCACAUUGUGGACUGUCUGCAGGGCAUCCUCAGUGUCAUCCCCCUGCAGCUGCUGUCCUUCCACUUGGCAGUCCUGCGAGGAUACGACGUUGACUUUCCCAGAAACUUGGCGAAGUCUGUGACCGUGGAAUAAUUCACAAAGCACAACAGAGGAGAAAGGAGGCUCAUAGAUUUACAAUGCAAUUGAUGUUCAAUAUCUUGUGUGCAUGUGUGAAUGCCUGUGUGUGUAUGAUGGGCUGGUGGGGAGUAUGUAUGUGUGUGUGUGCAGAUAUGAAGGUUUGAGAGAGAGUGACUGAUGUAGAGGGGGGUGGGGGUGGGGCACGGUUCAAUAUUUUGAAAAAAAUAGAAAUGUGAAGUCCUACCAAUACACUGCUGAGGAAUUGCUUAGUGCCAUGGAGACCUUGCGGAACAAUCUCUGAAGCAACAUCCAAAACAUCAUGCUGUGCCUUUUGUCUUAUCUUCAGCUGAGCCAAAAACACGCAACAGUCAAGGCAGAGAAGCAUUGAUUUGGUAAAUUGAAGUGUUUACAGUUGUGCAAUAUGGGGACCAAAUGUGCAUUAUUUAUGUACACAAUCAUAAGUGAGUUGAUUAAUUCUCGUUUCUGUUUUAUUGAUUUGUUAUGUCUUUAGGGCUUGCUAACCCUCUUUUUCAUUAUGGCAAAAGUAGAAGUUAAACCGUUUUAUUCAGAACAGAACUUGUUUUUAUUUUAUUGCACAUUGAUGCCACCACUGUGCCUCACUUAUCCCUAACUUCAUUAUUUCAGCAGAAUACCAGAAGAAUCUCAUUCAUUUAAUUUUAAAACCAUACUUGAUCAUUUUGAAGUGUUUUGUUUUUUAUUUUUUUUAUUACAUUUAAUUUAAGAUAUAUUGUUGUGCACAAUAUAUAGCGUGUAUUCUGUUUGACAGAAUUGCAUUUUCCAAAGACAGUUCAUGGUCGAACAUGAACCUUCUUUUUCAGAAUUUCUUUUAUUCUUGUUUUGGUUUUUUGUCAUGAGGUGAAGAAUUCCAUAGUCAUACAUGAAAAUUAUUUAAAGAGCACUUAUGCAGCAAUAAUUAUUUACAGUGACUUUAAAAAUACAUUUGUUUGUCAGACAUUUGUAGGGGUUUAUGAUAAUGAUAAUCUUUAUUUAUCUGAUUUUUAUUUUGUAUGGGUUUAAAGGGGAUUUGAUUUAUAUCUUGAAACUGUGACUAUAUUUUAUACUGUUUGUUUUAUAGAUAUAA